GCCUAUGUGCAUAAGAGCGUGAUGGAGGAGCUGAAGAGAAUAAUCGAUGACAGCGAGAUCACAAAAGAAGAUGAUGCUUUAUGGCCUCCUCCCGACAGAGUUGGUCGACAGGAGCUUGAAAUAGUAAUCGGUGAUGAGCACAUCUCCUUUACCACGUCAAAAAUCGGUUCGCUCAUUGAUGUAAAUCAGUCCAAGGACCCAGAAGGCUUGAGAGUGUUCUACUACCUGGUCCAAGACCUGAAGUGUCUAGUCUUCAGUCUUAUUGGACUGCACUUCAAGAUUAAGCCGAUUUAA